AAAUCACUCACCUUGAUUAAUUGCGCUACACGAAAAAUGGCCCAUAAUAACCUGGCCGGCCCAUAGUUGCUACAAAUACAGAGGUACGAGAAAUAUCAGUGUUGAAGGAGAUAAUAAUAAUAAUGAGGUGCAGGACUUCGCGAAGUCUCUCAGUUGUCAAGUACAAUGGAUGUUUUCACCGGCGAUGGCGUGCUGAAUUCACUACAUUCCUCCGCAAGGUACGACCUGCUCAGCCGCGAGCUUCACUUGGCGGCGGCAGUAGCAGCAGCACAAACUCGCAGGGUAGUUAUUUCUUAGUGCCUGGUGCAACUGUGGCAACAAUACUUAUGCUUGGUGCUCUUCAUGCCCGUCGAUUAUAUGAUGAUAAGAAGAUUGAGGAAGCCAGGUCGUCAGGUGUCGAAUUAGAGUUCCACCCAGAUGUCAAGGCUAGAUUCUUGAGAUUGCUACCAUUGCGCUCUAUUUCAAGGUUGUGGGGUUCCUUGACUAGUGUGGAACUUCCCAUUUGGCUGCGACCAUAUGUAUAUAAAGCAUGGGCUCGAGCAUUCCACUCUAAUUUAGAAGAAGCACAACUACCUUUAGAAGAAUAUGCUUCUCUACAGGAUUUUUUCAUUCGUACGUUGAGAGAAGGCUCAAGGACUAUUGACUCUGAUCCUUACUGUCUGAUCAGUCCUGUAGAUGGCACUGUUCUUAGAUAUGGAGAGUUAAAAGGACCAGGGGCCAUGAUAGAGCAAGUAAAGGGAUUUUCUUAUCCUGCUUCUUCCCUUCUUGGUGCAAACUCGUAUCUUCCAAUGAGUGCUGCUGGAGAUGCUAAUUACGAAGAAAGUGGGGUGGAGGAGAGCAAUGUGGGACAAGUGACCCCAAGGUCAUGGUGGAAAAUUUCGUUUGCUUCUCCUAAAGUUAGAGAUAGUGUAUCAUCCCGGCAUGAUGCCCAUGGCAAUGGUCCCUAUGUUGACAUUAAAUUUUGCAAGGGAAAAGUGCAUUUAUUUCUCCUGAGAACUGAUCCUUUGCAUUUUCAAAAACUUCCAAAGCAAGUUCCAUUGAAAGGCCUCUUUUAUUGCGUAAUUUACCUGAAGCCGGGAGACUACCACCGGAUACACUCUCCAGUGGAUUGGAAUAUUCUUGUUCGUCGGCAUUUUACAGGUCAUCUAUUUCCCGUGAAUGAGCGCGCAGCAAGAACUAUUAGAAACUUAUAUGUUGAAAAUGAAAGGUCCAUUGAAGCUCACUUGCCACUGCCUUGGAACUUGGUCAAACUCAUGGUUUUACAGUUAAUGGUUGCUGUUACAUACGAAACCUUUUUUUUGAUCGGUUACAUACGAAUCCUUAUUGUUACUAGGCUUCAUGGUAGAAACAUAAGACACAGUUCUUCUUCCUACUCAACAGUCUUAUUUAUGAGAAAUAAGGUGGUGCUUGAAGGUAGAUGGCGAGAAGGCUAUAUGGCUCUGGCUGCCAUAGGAGCAACAAAUAUUGGUUCCAUUAAGCUUUUUAUUGAACAAAAUCUGAUUACAAACAAUCCCCGGAAGAAGUUGCUACGUUCAGAGUCCCCUGACGAAAAAGUAUACGAACCUCAAGGCAUUGGCAUGCUGCUUAAGAAGGGAGAUGAGCUAGCUGCUUUCAACAUGGGAUCAACUGUGGUGUUAGUUUUUCAAGCUCCAAUAUCUGCAGACAAAGGACAGUCUGAAUUUAGGUUUUGUGUCAAGAAAGGCGAUAGGGUCCGCAUGGGGGAGGCACUGGGAAGGUGGAACAAAUUAUAGAAGGGCUCGGUUGUUUUCCUUUGCUGACGUGCAAUUUUGCAUAUUUUUUUGACAACUUUAUCACACUCCAUUCUGGUUUAUUGGGAUGAUUACCCACCAAGUAUAAGAAUCGCCUAUUCGUUAUCUAGAUUAUAUGACAGGAAAUUCCAACUCUUCAUUCUCGUUCUUUAGGGGUAAAAUGCAUCUGGAUUGAAAGAUCUUGAUCUGAAGAUGAAGUGCACAGUGAAUUGUUCAG